UCUUCUGGGAAACUUCUAAGGCGGUCUCGGUUGGUAGGACAAAGAAUAAGCCACGAAACCAAGCUAAUAUAGUGGUGUUACGAUGCACUCAACAUCUCAUCUCUUCUCCCAAGGGGUCAAUGGCAUCCCGCUUAAUCUACAAACCUUUCUACUCUGCAGUCAAAACUUGAGGCACCGACCCCCCGCCCCCUUUGAUUCUUUCUUUAGAUCGCAGAUCAGGAUAAUAGAAGGAAGGAAGGAAGGAAGGAAGAAAUAGGAAAAGAAGAUACUAAUAUCAGGGGAAUAGUAGCCCUCCUGCUGCUGCUGCUGCUGCUGCUAUCACUUUUAGUUGGGGUUUCUUUUGAGGAUGGAGUUCACGCAUGGAAGAAGAAAUAGGUUUUCCAUCACCGAGAAAGAAGAGAAAGGGGAAGAUUGCAGAUAUGCUGCUUUCGUACCUUCCCCUUCUUCCUCCUCGUCGCCAUCGUCCUCCUCCGCUCCUUUCAGGCGGAACGACGGCUCCUCGGCCAACGGCGACAACCUUUUUGUGGAGAAGGAGCACAUGUUCGACAAGGUGGUAACGCCAAGCGACGUCGGCAAGCUAAACCGGCUGGUGAUCCCGAAGCAACACGCCGAGAGGUACUUCCCGCUGGACGCGUCGGCCAACGAGAAGGGGCUGCUGCUCAGCUUCGAGGACCGCACCGGCAAAUCUUGGCGCUUCAGGUACUCCUACUGGAACAGCAGCCAGAGCUACGUGAUGACCAAGGGAUGGAGCCGGUUCGUCAAGGAGAAGCGGCUCGACGCCGGGGACACCGUCUCCUUCAGUCGUGGCGUUGGCGACUCCGGUCAACGCAAUCUUUACAUCGACUGGAAGCGGCGGCCGGAGAACCACGACCCGGCCCGGAUGCCCCGCGUUCCUCUCCCGGCCGUAUCCUUUGUGCGGUCGGUAGGACCGUGGGGCGGUCACCUCGUCAUGCCACCGGCGUCGGCGUACGACCACCGCCGCGAAAGCUAUGGAUACAGUGUCGCGAGCCCGAGUGCUAUCGGGAGACAGCUUCUUUUCUUUCGUUCCCCAGAGACCGGGCCGCCACCCGUGAAGGUGCAACCCAGUGGUAGUGGCGGCCUGUCCAUGGUUCUUGAACCGAUGCCGGAGGUCCACAGCCAGGCGACGGCCAAGCGUGUAAGGCUAUUCGGAGUCAACCUUGUCCGUCCCGAAUCAGAAGGCGACGCCGGCGGCGGCGACGGCGGCGGCGGCGAAUCUACAUCAUCUUGCCUGUUACCAUCGCAAGAAACAUCUGCUCUCCAUCUCCUCCGAUUUCAGCAUGGCAGCGUCGAGUCCUCGUUGGCAUCAUCGUCCUCGAUGAGCAAGGAGCAGCAUUCGUCGUUGGAUCUUGACCUAUGAGGAGGAAGGACCCUGCGAGGGAGCAUAUUGCCAUUCACAUCCUGAUCAAUUGGGAUGGAAAUCGAACCCGAAUAGAAUGAAAGUUUUGGAGGUUCUUUCUUUAAUCUUGUGCUUCUCUUUUACUCUUAAAAACGGAAGAACGGAUGGGUGCAUCCAAAUCAAGAGCUGGUUUAAUCCUCCAUAAUCUUCUCUUAAAAGUGUAAAUACGCUGGAAGAUUCAAAGGCUCGUAAGCCCACAACAUAGGAUUCUUUUGCUAUAAACUCUCAUGUCUUUGUUGA